AAAGUAUAAAACCUAUAAACUCAGGGCUCCGCUGACAAACCAACAAGAACAAGCUGUGUCUCAGACAUUCACUGUCCCAGCAGCAAUCAUGGUUAGCCGUUUUGAACACCCUGCUGGAGGCUAUAAGAAAAUCUUUGAGACCGUGGAGGAGCUGAAUGAACCUCUUCCAGCAACAGUCACUGGGCGCAUCCCCUCGUUUAUAAAAGGGAGUCUGCUCCGUCUGGGUCCCGGUUUGUUUGAGGCUGGAUCUGAGCCCUUCUACCAUCUUUUUGAUGGCCAGGCCCUCAUGCACAAGUUUGAUUUCAGCAAUGGACAGGUCACAUAUUUCCGCAAGUUUGUCAAAACGGACGCUUACGUGCGUGCUAUGACAGAGAAACGUGUGGUCAUUACUGAGUUCGGCACCUGCGCCUAUCCAGAUCCCUGCAAGAAUAUCUUCUCCAGGUUCUUCUCGUAUUUCAAAGGUGUUGAGGUGACAGACAACUGCCUGGUGAACGUCUACCCUAUCGGAGAGGAUUAUUAUGCUGUCACAGAGACUAAUUAUAUCACCAAAGUAAAUGUGGACACCUUGGAAACCUUGAAAAAGGUUGACAUGUGUGAUUACGUCAACAUAAAUGGAGUAACAGCCCAUCCCCACAUUGAGAAAGAUGGUACAGUGUACAACAUUGGGAACUGCAUGGGGAAGGGAGCCUCACUGGCCUACAAUAUUGUCCGAAUCCCACCUAAACAAAAAGACAAAUCUGACCCCAUUGAAAAAUCCAAGGUGGUUGUGCAGUUCCCAAGUGCUGAAAGGUUCAAGCCAUCCUACGUGCACAGUUUUGGGAUGACCGAGAACUACUUUGUCUUUGUUGAAACACCAGUCAAAAUCAACCUAUUGAAAUUCCUGAGCGCCUGGAGUAUUCGAGGAUCCAACUAUAUGGACUGCUUUGAAUCUGAUGAGGAGAAAGGCACGUGGAUACACAUUGCAAGGAAGCAUCCAGGGGAAUACAUUGACUAUAAAUUCAGAACCUCUGCAAUGGGUCUUUUCCAUCACAUCAACUGCUACGAGGACUCAGGGUUCAUUGUUUUUGACCUGUGUGCCUGGAAAGGCUUUGAAUUUGUCUACAACUAUCUGUGGCUGGCAAACCUCCGUGCCAACUGGGACGAAGUUAAAAGAAAUGCCAUGAUUGCCCCUCAGCCAGAAGUGAGGCGAUACGUCAUUCCUCUGGAUCCCUACAAGGAGGAGCAGGGCAAAAAUCUGAUCUCUCUGCCGUACACCACAGCCACAGCCACAAUGCGUGUUGAUGGGACCAUUUGGCUUGAGCCUGAGGUGCUUUUCUCUGGUCCACGACAAGCUUUCGAGUUUCCCCAGAUCAACUACAAAAUGAACAACGCAAAGAAUUACACCUAUGCCUAUGGACUGGGCCUCAACCACUUUGUCCCUGACAGGAUUUGCAAGCUGAAUGUGAGGACUAAGGAGACCUGGGUAUGGCAGGAGCCAGACGCAUACCCUUCAGAGCCGCUCUUUGUGCAAAACCCCGAUGCGGUGGAUGAGGAUGAUGGUAUCCUAAUGACAAUUGUGGUGGCGCCUGGAGCCCAGAGACCAACAUAUUGCCUGAUCUUGAAUGCCAAGGACCUGUCUGAGAUUGCAAGGGCGGAAGUUGAAAUCAUCACUCCGGUCACUUUCCAUGGAAUGUAUAAGCCAUAGAGUGGUUGGUCCCACUGAGCACAGUGCUGAUAAAGUUACUGUAAAAAACAUGAUAUUGUAAACAAUAAAACUAUGAUAUUGCAUAUUUAUGAUUUGCUUGAAAUCUGUUCUUUGCAAAUGCACAAAAAACUUUUUUUUUAACUCAUCCAGUAGUGUUAAUGCAGUUAAUUAAUAAUAUUGCUGUAAAUUAAGGUUCCCCAAAUAAGCAAACCAAAGAGGACAGUGGUAAGGAACCCAAACCCCAUCAGAA